GUCCCUAUUUGGGGAAGUGUUUCCAAAUAACGCAAAAGGUGCACAGCUUUCCAAGAUGGAUGAAGAAAAAUUUGCAGAUAAUUUCCGGACGUAUAAAGGAGGAAGAAACCUGAUCCCGAGAUCAUACUAUCCCAUUUAUGCGCUACUGGGUAUCUCUUAUUUGCUAAUUCUCAUUGGCUAUGUGGUGACCUUCUCCAAAGUCUCAACAAUUUCAUCCGAACUCAACCAGAUGACAGUCAAUUUUUCAAAAGAUCACUAUGGCCACGACUUUCACUUGUUCCCAUGUGGUGCUGACACCAGACAAUGGGAAUAUUUUGGUGGAAAGUGCUACUUCUUCUCUCUGAAGACAAUUCCCUGGCAUGCGGCCAAGGUAGAUUGUGAAAACAAACAGUCACAGUUGGUCGUCAUUGAUAGUCUUGCAAAACAGAAUUUCAUACAGACUCGGACCAGAAAUGAACGUUUUUGGAUCGGUCUCCAUGACCAACUUACAGAAGGAGAGUGGAAAUGGUUGGAUGGCAGUAAUUACAGAAAUGGCUUUCAGAAUUGGAAGGAAGGUGAACCCAACACUUACCUGGGUCGUGAAGAGGACUGUGGCCAAGUUUGGAUUAAUGGUGAAUGGAAUGAUUACAUCUGCUCAUCCGAAAGCUUUUAUGUCUGUGAAAAGCCCAGAUCGAGCACACCCAAAGCUGCCUCAAAGCGGCCCUGAGCCUUGAAGCAGAAUGUCUAGAAAGCAAUUUGGAAGGCAAGACUGCAGCCCUCACAUCAUGAUCGACAAAGCAGCACUACACUUUUGUUAGACUAAGAUCUCAAUUUAACAUGGAGACAGUACUAUAUUGGUAGCUCUAGAUUAUCUGGCAAUUCUGUAGCUAAAUCAAAUUAUCCAUGUAAAUUUUCUAAGCAAUUGUUUCCUGCAACCUGGAGGAACCAAAUACUAAGGUCUGGAAAGUCUGGAAACUAUCCCUGAAAUCAUUAUAUAUGGGAGAUAAAUUUAAUGCCAUUGGGCAUAAUAUAAAUGUUCUUGCUAUUGCUAUGUCAUUAUACGUCACAAAACAAUGUGAAAAUAUUAAACUUAAACUACCCCCAAAAAAUCACCAGUUAUACCUCAUAUUUGCCCAAUAGUAAUUA